AUGACACAUAGCCCCUCUAAUUAUAAAUUACAUUCGCAUGCUAUAGCAUAUGGUAGUGGAUCAGGACAACAAAGUGUUACGGGACUUCUAAAUGCCGACGAUCCAGAUUCACUUUGGAUUGUAAAAGGAGCUCAUGGUGCAUCAUGUCUAAGAGGAGAACCAAUUAAAUGCGGGUCAAUUAUCAGGUUACAGCAUUCAGGUACUGGUAAAUUUUUACACAGUCAUUAUCACCAUUCGCCAAUAUCACAACAACAAGAAGUUAGCGCAUUUGAAGGAUUUGAUACAGGAGAUAAUUGGAAAUUAACCUGUUUAAAUAAAUCUUCAAUAUAUUGGUUAAGAGAACAAAAAGUUCAAUUUAUGCAUUUAGAAACCUCUUCAUAUUUAUCAGCUAAUAAAGAAUAUAUAUAUAAUAAACCUAUUCAUGGACAAAUUGAAGUUUCUGCUAGCAAGAGAUUAGGUCAAGAUACUGAAUGGAUCGCUCAAGAAGGAAUCUAUUUUGUUGAUAGAAAUCUUUUAUAA